CUGAGCGCCACAUUUGACCAUGUAACAAAAUAGCUAAAGUGAGCUAGCGUAAACAAACAAAACAGUUAGCGUUGCUAAGGCGUUAUGUAUAUUUAAAAGAAAACACGUUGUUGGAUAACUUUAAACGUUGUUAGUAGGUUUCUUAGUUGUUUUUUUCAGAAACUAGUAUUAUUAGGAUAACAAAUGUCGGGAGGAUAUGGAUUUAAACAUACAUGUCAGUAAUAAUGUUAAACCACAGAGUUAGCAAGAGCACAGAGUUAGCAAGAGGUUGAAUCCAGUGACUUAUUAGCAAACAACGUCUGACUCGAGCUGUCUCAGUAUGUUAUCCAGCUAAAGUAAACAACAACAACAGCAACAACAACACUAUCUCUGCUGGAGCCUGGGUCAGUCUGAGACCUUAGAGACCUUCCUACCCAGAGAAAAGUUUAUACUUUAACACCAAUGACAGCUUUGGGAUUUGUUUUAACUUAAAGUCUGGGGAUCAUGUUGUGUUGAGCAGAAAGUCCUCCUCAGCUUUCAGCCUCAUGUGCUGUCCUGAGGGUUGACUAAAAAAAAAAAAAAAAUGAGCAGUACAAAUCAAAAGACUUUAUUUCAGACAUGGGGCUCAGCUGUUCCUAAGGCGACUCUUUUGGGUAAAGAUCUGGGGAAAAAGUUACCCCAGAGGCGAAGAGCAAACACAAACAGCCAGGUAAAGGCGAAGAAAAAGGAAAAUGACAAUGCAACGCCUUUACUUUGGGCUGAAGUUGGUCAAGGGACUGCAGGCCAACAGGCAUCAACCAGGCAGGAACAGGAGAUGGACGAAGUUGAUGAUGAUCUAAUCCUUGUAGCUGUAUAUGAGGCUGAAAAAAGUCUGGAAAACCAAUCUGAUUUAUCUACUGAUGCUUCAAUCAAGGAUUCUGCACAAGUUUGCUCAGAUCUUCCAGACUUCGACAGUUCAUCAGGAAGGACAUGGAUCUAUCCGAUCAACUUCCCAAUCAGGGAUUAUCAGCUGAAGAUCUCGGAAGCAGCCCUGUUCCAAAACACGCUGGUGUGCUUGCCCACUGGCCUGGGUAAAACCUUCAUAGCGUCAGUGGUGAUGUAUAACUUCUACCGGUGGUAUCCUGCAGGAACGAUAGUCUUCCUGGCCCCUACGAAGCCCCUCGUCGCUCAGCAGAUUGAAGCGUGUUACAGAGUGAUGGGGAUUCCUCAGCAGCACAUGGCUGAGCUGACAGGGAGCACUCCGGCGCCACAGAGGAGGGAGCUGUGGCGAUCCAGGCGGAUUUUCUUCCUCACGCCGCAGGUCAUGGUGAACGAUUUGUCUCGAAACACGUGUCCUGCUCCUCAGAUCAAGUGCGUGGUUAUUGAUGAAGCUCACAAGGCAUCAGGGAAUCAUGCGUAUUGUCAGGUGGUGCGGGAAUUAUGGAACCAGACGAAACAGUUCCGCGUCCUGGCUCUCAGCGCAACACCUGGCGCAGACAUGAAGGCAGUACAGCAAGUCAUCUCCAACCUGCUGAUCUCUCACAUCGAGCUGCGCUCAGAGGAGAGCCCAGACGUUCAGGCCCACUCCCAUCAGCGCAGUGUGGACAAGAUCGUUGUCCCUUUAGGAGAGUCACUCACUGGAUACCAGUCUCGCUACUUACAGGUUUUGGAAAGGUUUACAUCUCGUCUGACCCAGAUGGGUGUGCUUAACCAGCGUGACAUUCGCUCCCUCACAAAGUACCAGGUCAUUCUGGCGCGAGACCAGUUCAGACGCAACCCUCCAUCGCAUCUCAUGGGAGCACAGCACGGUGCACUGGAGGGGGAUUUCGCUCUGUGUAUUAGCCUCUACCAUGGUUACGAGCUCCUGCAGCAGAUGGGCCUCAGAUCUCUCUUUCUUUUCACACAGAACAUUAUGUCAGGUGCUAAAGAGACUGCACGGGCCAGAAAUGAGCUGCAGCGCAACCCUGUCUUCAUGGAUCUGUACAGGGAAAUGGAGGCCAUGUUUCUCAGCACUACCAAAAGUCCUGAAGAGCAGUAUUUCUACAGCCAUCCAAAACUUCAGAAACUGGACGAGGUGAUACAAGAGCAUUUCAGGACAUGGGUGAAGACAUCAGGCAGUGCUCCAGACUCUGUGGACAAACCAGAGAGUACAAGAGUGAUGAUCUUCUCAUCGUUUCGUGAGAGUGUUCAGGAGAUCGCUGAGAUGCUUAAUCGUCACCAUCCCCUUGUCAGGGUCAUGACCUUUAUGGGGCAAGCAUCAGCUGGGAAAGGGGUGCGAGGGUUCACUCAGAAGGAGCAGCUUGAGGUGGUGCGGAGGUUCCGAGAGGGCGGCUUUAACACCUUGGUCUCUACUUGUGUGGGUGAAGAGGGACUCGACAUUGGAGAGGUAGACCUAAUCGUCUGCUUCGAUGCUCAGAAAAGUCCCAUCCGUCUGGUGCAGAGAAUGGGCCGAACCGGGCGCCACAGGCAGGGGCGCAUAGUGGUCAUACUGGCUGAAGGACGAGAGGAAAGGAUCUAUAACCAGAGCCAGAGUAACAGGCGCAGCGUGAAUAAACGCAUCAUGGGAAGCAAGCAAAGCUUCUCCAUGUUCCCCUACAGCCCCCGCAUGCUGCCUACUGGUGUCACUCCCACCUUGCUCAAGAUGCACAUUACGUGUGGCCAGUUCGAGGGCAAAGAGAGCAGCAGGCGUUCCAGCAAUGGACGACAGUCACUCAGUAUGAGGAGAGUGUCUCUUCUCAACCCUGACGCCCAAGUGGAUGGCGUGCAGGGGCGUGUGAAGGAGGAUGGCUUUCUCACCCCUGCUGAAGAGGCUGAGUGGUCAUCUACCAUGAAAUUGGGUGAGAAUGAAGCCCAGCCCAGACUCAGGCACUCCUCUUUCCUGUGCUUUAACACAGAGCCACAACAACAGGAUGAGUGUGUGAAGGGUCCAGUGAGAGACUUGUCUCUUUGGGAAUGGAGACACUGGCAGAAUCAGCCUCUUCCAACACACAGAGUGGACCACUCAAGCCGCUGCCUCCAUUUCACCGCCAUCAUGGAACUCAUUGACCAGAUGAGACAGGAGGAGGAGAAGAGUGGCUGCAGAUAUGAAUCUGAGGUCAAAGCAUAUCUACAAAAGGAGGAUGUUGUUGGCUGUGAGGAGGAUGGCAAAAAAGCGAAACCUACAUGUGAAAAAAAUCCUCGGCAGAAAAGAUCUAAACCUAGACUUGUUGGUCGAGAUGCCAGCCAUUCUGUCUCAAAAACCAACUUGGAUAAGAAGGACCAAGCAAGACCUUCUUCAUGGACUUUAUUAAAAGACAAAGUGUCUUCCGAGUCUGACUGUGAUGCCACUAAAGAAAAUUUAAGUGUGUUUCGGUGCGAUGAUAACCUUGCAAAUAAUGAUGCAGAUAAUGAUAAUACUGAUAAUGCUAUGCAGACUGAUUUAAAAGAGCAUUCUGAGACUAUACUGUCAAGCAAAGAUAAGCAGCUACAUAGUUCUCCUGAACACACAAAGGGCCUUAAGACAAGCCCUGAUACUUCCCUCAAGCCUGUUGAGGAAAUGUUCUAUUUACCCAAAUGGGAUGUCUGUCAAAAACUCUACAAUUUCAGUCAAUCUGCUGGAAGCUUGGAAAUUAUUCUAUCCAAUGUCAAACAUCUUCUGUCUAGAUCUCCACCUGAAUGUCUUGAUCUACAUUGCUCAUUAAGCCUCAAUGAACCUGCUCACUUUGGUGAAUCAGAUGAGAUCUGCAGUAGUCCGAGGGAAGAGGUUGAUCAUUUCCAGGUCAAUUUCGACCUUGAUGAACAUGAUAAUUCGUUGGACUCUGACUCUCUGGACUGUAACAUAGCAGGAGCCCCUCCUGAAUCUGUAAUGUUGCCUAGUGAGACUGUUCCUGCUGGUCCGGACAGUACCGCCAACAGCCCUAGCUGGGAUGAGGUUUUCGAUGACGCUGUGGAUGAUAGGGCACAUAAAAACACCAAUCUACCUGUAGAGUCUAAAAUUCAGCUCACUAGCUUAGAUGAAAGUGUUGACUUGUUUGGUGAUGAUGAGGCUUUCUUACAAAUAUCAUUACCAAACAUUGAGACUCCAAACAAAAACACUGUGAUUCCCGUCAACAGACAGGCCACUGACCAACGGAAACAGGUCACACAAAAUGUAGGGGGUGCAUCAAAUAUUGUUACUACUGAAGAGUCUUCCAAGAGCCCAGUACACAAACCACCAUCUGAGCAGAGGUCUGAGGCUUUUAAUUAUUCUCAGGACAUUUUUUCUGUGAACUUUGACCUUGGGUUUUCUUUUGACUCUGAAGAGGAGGAAACUGCAGAACCAGCUUCUGACAUGACCGCAGAACCCACAGCUGAUCGAGCGCAAACUUUCACCUCACUAACCCUGAACAAACCCAAUACAUCUUCCAACAACUUCUCUCUUGGACAUAUGUCAACCCCCAGAGUGUGUCCAAUGGACAAAAAGCUACCAUCUCUCAUAGACAAGACUAACCUGUCACCCAUAAUCACUGAGCGAGAGAGUUUGGGAAGACCAAAUGCUUCUACCCCGAAUCCGUCAUUUGUGUCUCCAAAAAGCAGAAAUCUUGAACUCUUACCUAAAGUAUUGCACUCACAAGCACAGCCACGUGGAACAGGGAACAGAUUGUGUCGGAGGUCUCUGCUUGAUGCAGGGAAACCUGUUUAUGGAGCUCAUGCUUUUACAGAAACAGCGAUCAGUGAUAGUGAUGAGGAAUCAGUCAUAAGAAAACCAGGACGUCAAGGAAGACCCAAUCCCCUGGCAUCUCCAGAUCAAUCAAAAAUCAGUGAUGUCGAGUCUCCUGUCCAGGCGCCUAGAAAGCGAGUCGCUCGAUUAAAUAUGUCAGAGGAGAGUGACGGGGAAGCUGUUUCAGACGACGACUUUAAGCAAGACUCAUUUUGUCGGCCCAAAGUGUUUCAGCCUUCUAAACGUUCACAUCCUCUUAAGGUGAAAUCUAAGAAGGCAGUGCACAGAGAUGGGAGGCAGUUCCUGGAUGAAGAGGCAGAGCUGUCUGAAGAAGGAGGCUCUGUCUCUUCUGAUGAAUGUGAUGGAGAAGAACUGAACAAGUCUUUGGAAGGUUUUGUAGUGGACGCCACUCAAUUCUCUCAAGGUCUUAAUGAUUCUGAGAUGCAUGGAGUUUAUCUGAAAUCUGUAAAGAGCCCUGCCAUUUCAAACAAAUUCAGAAUGGCGCACAGGCCCGUGCAUAACAUGAACAUCUUCUCACAGGUACCUGAGCAGGACGAGACAUAUGAAGAGGACAGUUUUGUGGUCAAUGAAAGUGAAGUCGAGGAAGACUCUGAUAGUGCUUCUGAUGAGGAAGAGGAGGCUGGAGUAGAGAUUGUCCCUGAAGACUCAUACAUAGAUGGGAGACGACAGUAUGCCACACGGCGCAGAGUUCAUCUCAGACAAACUAGGACUGCUGGAGAGACGAGAAGCCUCCACUACAGAAAAGCCAAACGCUCCAGACUCGUCCGGGUGGAGGAUUCGAGUGAAGAAGAAGAGGAGAAGGAUGAGAAGAAGAGGAAGAUGCUCUAUGCUGUGAAGGCACCUGUUUCAGAUGGUGCAGCUAGGACAGUUUUUAAUACAUCACCUCUGUCCCAUUUGCCUAAAUCUGACCCUAUACGAGCAAGAGAAGAGAAGAAGAGCAGAAAGGAUGCUGUGCUGGAGAAACAGGAGAGGGACAGACAGAGAUUCAGUAACCAGGCCCUGCUGUCUGAAGAGCUGGACUUUCAGGAACCUCUGUCCACCUCUUGUGUUAAAACACAGGCAGCCUGUAGUACUACUUCUCUGACCGUGGCCAGUGGUUCUGUUGAUUACGGUACCACGACCAACAAUACCACGACCAACAAUACCACGACCAACACAACCCCGGCUUGCGUGUGCGUGCUAGUGGACAGCCGUUGCAUCAGCGCUGGUGCGGAUGUUGUGUCCUCCCUUCGACUAAAACAUGGUGCGGCUGUGCACAUCUGUUCUCUGGUCAGCUGUGAUUUCAUCGUAAGUAACCGCAUGGCUGUAGAGUGGCAGAGAGAGUCGGACUUGGCCAGUCCCCAGAGUCGCAAGCGGCUACAGGAGAGGAUGCAGAGCCUGCAGGGCUUAUUUGACCGGGUGUGCCUCCUGGUGGAGAAAGACCGCACUAAAGCAGGAGAGCCGCUGCGUUCGUUCCAGCGAAGCCGUUAUUACGACAGCACUCUGGCUGCGCUGGUAAGAGCAGGGGUCAGACUUCUGUUUAGCACAGGUCCAGACGACACCGCCACACUGUUGGCCCAGCUGGCACAGGUGGAGCAGAGGAAAGGCCAGGCCAUCAGCGUCCCUGUGGAGGUCAAAGGUCGUCGUCAGCAGGCGUUGCAGUUUUACCUCACGCUGCCGUGUGUGAGCUACGUCAACGCCCUUUACAUGUGUAAUAGAUUCUACUCUGUAGCGCAUCUGGUCAACAGUUCUGUGGAUACACUGCAGGCAGGUAUCCAUGUGAGCCGCUCCAGAGCCGAGGAGAUUUACCGCUGUCUCCGCUACUCAUGUGACACCACACUGAUGAAAAGCAACACCUCAAAGAAUAACCUAUAAGCAUGGUGUAUGUCCAUGCGUGCACAAGAAAAACACUCUCUUUCAAUGCACUUUAUACAUUCUAAACUAUUGCCUUUGUCAUAAAUAAGUCAUGUUUACACCUCAUUUUUUAUAAAUACGCUACUUAAAUUAUUUUGUUUAUGUGUAUAUAUAUA